AUGCAGUUGACUCUCUUUUCCGCCGCCGUCCUUGCUGGCGCUGCUCUGGCCAGCCCCACCCGAACCCUUGAGGCUCGUUCCACGCAAAUUUGCGGCCAGUGGGAUUCUGUUGCGACCGGCACCUACACCGUAUACCAGGACCUCUGGGGCGAGAGUUAUGCCGACUCCGGUAGCCAGUGCACUACCGUCGAGAGCCUGUCGGGCAACACGCUCGCCUGGUCUACCUCCUGGACCUGGUCCGGUGGUUCGACUUCGGUGAAGUCUUUCGCCAACACCGUCACUACCGUCUCCCAGAAGGCUAUUUCCUCCAUCUCUUCGAUGCCCUCGAAGUGGUCUUGGAGCUACACCGGAUCCUCCAUUGUGGCUGAUGUUGCCUACGAUCUUUUCACCGGGUCCUCCGCCAGUGGCUCUGCCGAGUACGAGGUCAUGAUCUGGCUCGCUGCCAUCGGCGGUGCCGGCCCCAUCUCCUCCACAGGCAGCACCAUUGCCACCCCCACCAUUGCCGGCACUACCUGGAACCUGUACUCCGGCCCCAACGGAGACAUGACCGUUUUCAGCUUCGUCGCUCCCAGCCAGGUCACCAGCUUCGACGGCGAUAUUAUGGACUUCGUCAACUACCUGAUCCAGAGCCAGGGCAUGUCCUCGUCCCAGAUCCUCCAGAGCAUCGGUGCCGGAACCGAGCCCUUCACCGGAUCCGAUGCCGUCUUCACCACCAGUGCUUUCUCCCUGUCCGAGAGCUAG